CGCUCAAGGGUAAGAUGUAAACGAUAGACGGAUGGAAUAGACGGGUAUAUGUACACUACUAUCUCAUGUUCGAUGUGUUAUUAGAUUGACGACGUGGUUGCUCCGAUAGAAUUACACUAAUUAAUCCUGCCCUUGUUAUCCCUUCUGCCUGUUUAUUUUUCUCCCUCCGAGGAAACCGCACAAACACUGCAAACCCCCCUGACUAAUCCGCUUAUCGAUAACUAACCACCUGCAAAUCAGUUUAUCGAAAAUUGCUCCCCUCAUCGCCUCCACUCCACCAUCCUCAACUUCCCCUCCACCCAAUACUAGGGACCCCAAAAUGCCGCCCUCUCCCUGCGCCCUCUGCCACACCCAGCGGGCGGUGAUUAUCCGCCCCAAGGACCGCCAAAAGCUCUGCCGCGAGUGCUUCCUGCACGUGUUUGAAACCGAAGUCCACGAAACCAUCACCACCACCUCCCUCUUCCACCGAGGCGAACGGGUCGCUAUCGGCGCCAGCGGCGGCAAAGACAGCACCGUCCUCGCCUCGGUCCUUAAAACCCUCAACGAGCGAUACGACUACGGUCUCGACCUCUGCCUCCUCUCCAUCGACGAAGGCAUCAAAGGCUACCGCGACGACAGUCUCGAGACCGUGAAGCGCAAUGCCGAACAAUACAACAUGCCGCUGGUGAUCGUCAGCUACGGGGAUCUCUACGGAUGGACGAUGGACCAGGUGGUCGCGCAGGUCGGAAAAAAGGGUAAUUGCACGUACUGCGGCGUGUUCCGUCGACAAGCACUGGAUCGGGGCGCGGCGCGACUGGGCAUCAAGCACGUGGUGACGGGACAUAAUGCGGACGAUGUGGCGGAGACGGUGAUGAUGAAUUUACUACGUGGCGAUCUGCCUCGUCUCUCGAGAGGCACGAGCAUCGUGACGGGCUCGGCGGCGUCGGAUAUCAAGCGCAGUAAGCCGUUGAAGUACGCUUACGAAAAGGAGAUUGUGCUGUAUGCGCAUCACAAGCAGUUGGAUUACUUUAGUACGGAGUGCAUUUAUUCGCCCGAGGCGUUCCGGGGCAGUGCGCGCACGUUGAUUAAGGAUUUGGAGAAGAUUCGGCCCAGCUCAAUUCUGGAUAUUGUGCGCAGUGGUGAGGAUAUGGCGUUGUUGGUGCCCGCGGAGGUGCGGGGGAAGGCAGCGGCGGAGGAUGAGGAGGGCGGUGCUGGUGGGGGUUGUGGCAGUCAGAAUGGGCGCACGCGCGGAGGAGAGAUGGCAGAGAUGGAGCGGAAGCUGGCGGAGGAUGAGGCGGCCAAGGAUCGAGAGACCGAGAUCACGAUGCCACGGAGGCAGCCGGAGCCGUCGCAGAAGAAGAUCAAAUCGCAGGUGCUGGGGACGUGUGAGCGGUGCGGGUAUAUCUCGAGUCAGCGGGUGUGCAAGGCGUGCACGCUGCUAGAGGGACUGAAUAAGAACCGACCCAAGACGGCGAUUGAGGUGGGGUUGGAGGAUGAGGAGAGCAGUUCGACAUUGCGGAGACAGAUGGAGCAGGUUGAGUUGGGGAUGACCUAGCCUCUGCACAGCAAACAGCAUGACACCAGCAAUGCUGCAUAAACCCUGUCCUAUCACUUAUGUGCCACGAGAUACCUUAGAAGUCCCUUCCUCUUCAUCAUCGACCUUCCCAGAUGUUAACAGUCUAUAAUACAUCUACCAAAUACAUACAUCCAUAUCAUACAAACACGUAAAUCCAUGAACAAAAAAGGAGUAUCCCA